UUAAAAAUGGUGGAACUUUUGAGGGAUACAGCGGCGAUGCCACCUUGCAGAUAGGAACUAAGAAUUUGAAACAUCUCGUUGGCUCAUGCACGAAAAGUCUGUCAAUCAAAUAAUCCAAGUUCUGGCAGGGAGGCAAAAAUUAAUCAAACAUUUUGAGCUCCAUAGUUGUGAUGGCCUAGCUAGGACCCAGUCUACUUGUCCAACCAGACCUGGAUAUUGGACCCGUCCAUGCGUUGCACACGAUGAGCAAUGGUAGAUUCCCGAUAAAAGUCCGCUUUUUCAUCUGAAGCAGGCGAAUUCUAGUAGAAAUAGGAGAUAUAGGGCGGCUAAAACUCUUAUAGGGUCGCUAGAAUUCUAGGUCACCUCUAUAAAUAGGGAGCCCCUUUCUAUCGUGACCUUCCACUGCGAGCAUUGCGCCUCCUCCUCUCUUCUUUCCCUCUCUUUCUCCUCUUCCUUCGAACUCACCGUUUCUUAGCAUUGUGCCAUCGAAAAUUGAGGCCGGUGUUUAGCAGAUUCGCCUAGUAAAAUUUGAAAGUCCAAGGUGGAAGAGUACCUACGGUAGUAUGGCCGUGUUAUGCUCCGGAUUUGAGACGUGGCAAUGGCAGCAAGAUGAUUAGGAACUUUAACAAAAUACUGAAAUGGAAGAAAUCAGCUGAUAUUACCCUUUCAUACACAGCAAGCAUAUCCUGUGGUCCGAAGCAACCGUACUCGUUGGCCAAAAGCCAGCAACCGCACUAUAGCACUCCACAUAACACGCUCCUCUUCCCUCCCAAGGCAAGCAGAAAGCAAGAGAGGAAAAGUCUGAAGGAGAGAGCAUUUUUCCUCUUUUCAUUGAUCCCUUCACCAAAAGAUUUGGACUUGGUUUUGUUUCCGAGGAGCCUGUUUGGAUUGUAAAUAGCACGAAGAAGGUUCACUGGGAGUCUGUUUUGAUGCUUAGAUGGAUCUGUGAGGAUCAGGAGGAUGGUGGGAUGUGUUGGUUCUCGGCAAUCUGCUAAGCCCUGAGGAACGAUGCGAAACCAGCUAUGAUUUGCUCUGCUGGUGAUUUGGUUGUGUGGAAAGAUUUUCCUAAAGGUCUCAGGGUUCUCCUUCUCGAUGAAAACGGUCCCUCAGCAGAUGAAACAAAACUGCAACUAGAAGCAAUGGACUAUAUUGUUUCUUUAUAUUGCAAUGAACGAGAUGCAUUAGAAGCAAUCUCGAAGAACGAUGAGGGCUUUCAUGUUGCUAUUGUAGAGGUUGCAACUGGUACUUGCCAGGGGAGCUUCAGGUUUCUUGAAAUGGCCAGGGACCUUCCAACAGUUGUUAUUUCAAAUGUCCGCUGCUUGAGCACCAUGAUGAAGUGUAUAGCACUUGGUGCUGUGGAGUUCCUUGAGAAACCACUAUCCGAAGACAAACUCAGAAACAUAUGGCAGCAUGUGGUUCACAAGGCCUUCAUUGCAGGGGGGAGUGUGCUCUCCAAAUCAUUGAAGCCGAUCAAAGAGACAGUUGUUUCGAUGCUUCAACUUCAGACAGAAACAGGAGAACUCAAAAUUGAAACCCAAUCAGAAGCAGAAAACACGGAGAAGGAACAUGAAAAUAGGCAUGAGAAUGCUGUGGCAAAUGACAGGUUCCCAGGUCCUUCAACUCCACAGCAGGAACAUGGAGGAAGAUUGCUAAGUGAUGGAGAUUGCCAAGAGAGAACUAACUGCUCAAUAGAGAGAGGCUGCACAGAGAAUAUCAAAGACUCGUUAGACGCGAGAAAUUGCAGCAGUUUGGAAUCAAAAUCUGUCGAAAAUACCUGCAACAAUUCAAUCCCCGCAGCUAACACUGAGGAGAUUCUGCCUUCUAGACCUGAAGAGGCCGCAACUGAGGGGGAGGUGAACUCGGCUGAUGGUUCUAAGACGACUGAUGAUCAAUGCAGUGGUGCUAAAGAAGUCUCCCUACCCUCCUCAAGUUUGCAUAAUGGGGACAAUGUAGAAGCUAGCGCAGACGAUUCAAAGAAGUUAGUUGCUAAUAGUAAUUCAUAUUCGAAUGGUAGCAGAAGCAAUAAAAAGAAGAUGAAGGUGGACUGGACUCCAGAUCUCCAUAGAAGAUUUGUUCAGGCUGUAGAGCAACUGGGGGUGGACCAAGCCAUUCCUUCCAAGAUUCUAGAGCUGAUGAAAGUAGAAGGCUUGACAAGGCAUAAUGUAGCUAGCCAUUUGCAGAAAUAUCGGAAGCAGAGGAGACACAUCUUGCCAAAAGAAGAUGACAGAAGAUGGCAGCCUUAUAGAGAUCCCACACUAAUGGGUUUCAUGCACAAGCCACUUGUGGCUUUACAUCCAUAUCAUCCCCAUUGUGGAGUUCCAUUUGGUCACAGCUACCCUGCUUGGGCUCAUCCAAGUUACCAUCCCCCUGGUGUCCAAAUGUGGGGCCAUCCUGGCUUCCCACCGCGGCAUCAGCCUCCAGAAAAUUGGGUUUGGAAGACCUACCCUGGGAUUAAUGCUGAUGCAUGGGGCUGCCCUGUUUUGCCACCUUAUAACCAUUAUACCGUCCCUACGAGGUCCCUGAUGAGUAACGGUUCGAAUGCAAAUGGAAAUGGAAACUGGCAGUUUAGAGAUUCCUAUGACUUGCAUCAGGCAGAGGAGGUAAUAGAUUCGGUGGUGAAGGAGGCGAUGAGCAAGCCGUGGCUCCCCCUCCCUCUCGGUCUCAAACCACCCUCCACCGACAGCGUCCUCGCCGAGCUCCGUCGCCAAGGCUUCCGGGCCAUCCCGCCGGCCACCAAGCCUCCUCCCCGGUGAUCGGUGGGCCCAGCCUCUUUGUGCGGCUAAGACUCCUGCUACGUGGCUCGUACUUUCAUCUCACUGGACUCUGUGGCUGUAAAUAAAAGUUGGUGAGGGGACCGCCGCCAGGCCCUUUCACUAGUGUCCUGCUCUGGGCUUGGCUUUGCUCCUCUUUUAUUUCCCCCGUUCUUCUCCUCUUGUUUUUCUGCGUCUUUAGUUGCCAAGAAUAAUGCAGUCCUGUCGGCUGCUUGUCGUCAAUUUGUGCAACCUUUCCAGGGCCACUUUGAUUCUAAAGGCCUUUCAUCUCUCAAUAUUCGCAAGGGAGACUCCAUUUGAUACGUCAUUAUUUUUUCUUUUUUUUUAAGAUAUAGUUUUAAUAAUUGUAGUAGGAAUUAAUGUUUUAGAAACAUA